UAUCUGAACUAGAAAAUUACAGUCAUCAAACACUAGAGGUCUAAGAAAAGGGUUUUGUUUUUUGGUUCUUGUUGAUCAAAAAUUACAGGACGGUAGAAGACAAGACAUAUAUUUCAAAUAUUUCUUGGCUGGCUAAUAUGAUUCAACAAUAAUUACGGAGAAUGCUAACUUGCAUCUUAUAACCUGGAAUAGUGAAGCAUCAACUUUUGUUGAUGAUCUCUACCUCUCGUCCCUUUCUUUCUUUUUGUUUAGAGCAAACUAUAUGUAAUUGAACUAUCACUGGGUUGAUUGGUUUUGCCACAAAGAAGCUUAGUUCUGCUUAGUUUCCUUUUCAUGUCAUGUACUUUGUUAUUGAUUCUUAGUAUGUCAGUGCUUAAAUACAUCAACCAUUGCAUUUAAAAUAGCAAAAAAAAUAGAUCACCCUUUUUUGUACAUGGCAUCGAAAACAAAAAAAUAGGAGCAAACUUCUUAUUUCAUGGGUAGUGCAUCUUCGAAGUUGCACAAAUGGGGUCAUUAUAACCCUAUGCACAAAUUUAUAUCCUGAAUUGGAAAUUCAAAUAGAUGACUAAUUAGGAAGUCGACCAUAACUUCACCAGUUAUUCAGGCCUAUUUCUUUAGAUUAAGCAUAACCAAUGUUAAAAGUACAAAAUCUACAAAAGGUAAAGAAUCAGGUCUUAUUUGAAAAGUGGAUCCUUAAAUAAGAAAAUUAAAAUUUGGCAUAAGCUCAUGGGUUGGGUCAUUGCCCUUUCUUUUGCAAAUCUUGAAACUAAUGCAUCAUAGGAGCAUGGCAGAUGACUAGAUCAUUGAGUUGACUAUAAGAAAUGGUCAUACAUAUUGGCACCUGUGGGUUUCUGUUGUAUGUAUAUCAUGUGAGCAUGUCUUACUCUUUAGAUUUGUUUUGUCAUAUAUCAUGGUAGUCUAGGUAAGCAAAAUCGAGACAUUAUGAUUCUACUUAUAUGCACUUAUUCCUAUGCUCUCCACCAAUUGUUUCAGUAUGGAAAUAUUCCCCUCAUCUGCAUGAUAUCCUUUUAUUGGUGUUGGAAGACAAUGAUCUUUUCACCUUAAGUAGUCUGCCCAGGUCUUAUCACCACCUGGCUUGCUCAAAGCUGUAACCCUUGGUUUCUCAACCAAUGGAUCGGUGGACCGGAUGUUUUAAGGUCUCCCUCAAUCCGACCAAAGCUGGCUCCUGUUUAAAGGUUGCUGCUUCACUCAUGUUCUCACCAUCCUCCAGAACCCUUUUGAUGCCUUCUGUGAAUGCCAUCUUAUUUAACGGUGAUAAGGUCCAAGGAACUGGGAAUUCUGUGAUUGAGAGGUUAUCAGAUUCAAGGAAUAUAUCUGAAUUGCUUGUGUCGAAACUGGGGUGUUCAGCCAAUGUUUGGGUAGUGGAGGCAUCUACAUUUAAUGGACCUUUUGCCGUAUACAAGGAGUUCAUACCAUCAUUGACUUCUCGAGGUGAUCCAAAACGGUAUGACCCUAAUGGAUUUCCAGCUUCGUCUGCAAUUGUUGCAAUCUUAUCCAGGUGUUUUGAACAGGUGCCAAGCUUGACAUCAAGCAACCUGGUGGAACAAACAAAAGGAAAUGUAGAUGCACCUACGUUGUUGCCAACCCCUUUCCCUAAAACAAUAAUUCUGGGUUUCAGCAAAGGUGGGACUGUGGUCAACCAGCUUGUGACUGAAUUUGCUCACUUGAAGGCUUCACCCCAGAUAUUUGAUAGGAGGCAAGAUCACCUCUAUCCCAUAUCCGAGGAUGAUCUGUUGUUCAGCAUCUCUGAGUUCCAUUAUGUUGAUGUCGGAUUGAAUAGUGCUGGAGCAUAUUUGACUGAUCGGACUGUUAUUAAGAAGGUUGCUGAGCUUUUAUUGGUUCACAAUGCUAGUGUUCGUUUUGUUCUUCAUGGUACUCCAAGGCAGUGGUUUGAUCGUCACAGGCCAUGGAUUCGUAAGGAGAAAGAUAUUAUGCUGCAAUUGCUUAAAGAUGAAGCUCAUAGAUGUGAAGGAAAACUUCAGGCAACCGAAAGAUUCUAUUUUGCCAAUAAUCUGCCCAGUUUGCAAAUGCAUUUUGAGAUAAUUCAAGUGAUGGAUUUAAGUUAACGUUCUGCAGUUUUGCUUGCGACCUAGCAUAAGGUCAUCCUUUUUUACAUUUCUUUUAUCGAAUAGAUCUCCCAACUAAAAUUCAGAUUUUUUUUUUUUUAAUUGUUUGCAGUUUAUACAAUUUUUUUUCUAAUGUUAAUAGGCACAUUAGUUUAUGUGAAUUAUUGCUUUUCCUAACUCAUUUGCUAUUCUGGCCAAAUAAUUCAAAGUUCUGUUGUAUGUACCAUACCAUGAAUAUCACAUCUAAUCUUUUAAAAUUUGAAAGUUAUUGCUAGCUUUAGUAGUGGGCCUUCAAUUUCAUCUCACUAUAAUAUUAAGUACGAACUUGUCGGGGUCAUGCAGGGUUUUGAGGAUUCUGUUUGUCUGCAGUAGAGAAUCAUUUAGAGCUCCUUGUCUGAGCCUUAAAACAUAAUACAUUUAUGUCCGGAGUGUAUGUUUGACUGCAACACCUUUUAUCAUAACUCUGUAUGUAUAGCUUAUUGCCACUUGAUCAAUGAAUGUAGCAGGCAUAUUUUGAACAUGACAUGAUAACGAAUUAUGUCUGGUUAGAUUAGAUUAGAUUAGAUUAGAUUCUUGGAUUAAAAGUCUGGUUGUUUCAAUUCGGGUGGUAUGCUUCCUUGAUGCAUUAUAUUAUCUCACUGGUUUUACUAUGCUUCUAUCCGUUUAUAAGUGGUACUAGGUAGCACUUCUCAGAAUAGUUGUCUCCACUCUCCAGUUGAGGGACUAUAGUAUGUAGAAAGUUGCUUGCUCUUGACACAGCUUUAUUACAGACACCAGUGUCUCUCAACUUGGCUAUCCUUUAAGAUGGCAACUAAUAGCAAGUACAUGUUUCAGUUUCGUUUGAGUGGUAGCAAUUUAUGGACUUCUCCAUGUUCCCUAUUUGGAAAUGUGAUCUAUUCAGUUGUGUCCCCAUGUCAUGACUAAAGUUACUUUUUCUAAAGUGUUUUUGAAGCCAUGUAGGAAGGAGCUUUGGAUUGACAUUCUAAAAGGAACAUUUCUCUGCUUGCUUUUGCACCUUCCUGCAUCACAUCUACAUACUGUACUGAUCAAUAUUGACAUGCUUUGAUGGAAGUGGUGCUUCCAGGAACAGUUGUGUAUCGUUGGUUAUCUGAAACAGUGCUGCGACGCACUAUGGAUGUGUACGACUGCAAAAAGAUAAAAGAGGGUUGCAUCAGGAGAUAAGGUUCGUCUUCCCCAAUUAUAUGCUCUUGGUGGAUCCCGUUAUGGUACCACUCUUGCCCUUAUGCUUCUAUUCUGAAAAGAAAUCUCCGAGGGUCAAAAAGUAAAAAAAAUCCACAUCUUUUUCUCCAAGUGGCAAAAUUAAUUUGGUGGUAAUAUAUCUGAUUCACUUCUCCUAUGUUGAUAGUUUAAAUCCUUAUUGUAUUAGUUGACGAGGACUUCGUUUAUAGAAUGAUACAAGCUUCCUAAAGUCUUUGAGAUAGUUUUCUAUUUCUGGCAAAAUUUGCAAGCA